AUGGAUUCAACACUAAGAACUAAUGCUUUUAUUGGACAUAACGAGUUCUCCAAAGAAGAGGAGAAAAUUGUGAGUCAAGAAAAAGAAUCCUGGACGCAGCCAGCACAGAGCUUAAUUGUUGAAGACAAGGAUUCGCUAGGCUUCGGGUUGGAUGAAACCAUUAAUGAAGAGACUAUAAGUACAGUAAAGGAAAGAGCCAGUUUAUCGAUCCAGCAAACAACUUUCGCACCAAACAUUAGUCCAGCAAAUACCUUUCGAUACGAUCAUCUCGCUUCAAGCCACAUUCUUGAUUAUUCCAGGUUUUACACGAAAGGUACUGUCGAAAGUAACAUAACUUUGGCACCACAAUAUCCAUUUACUUCUGGACCUUCAGAACACACCUUCAGCACUUCUGCACCGAUUUUCACCUCCCAGCGAGAAUUUUCACUCCGGCAGAGCUUUCGGUCAAAUGCAACUGAUAGUCAACGAAGUUUUGCUUCUGUUUCGGAAAGGAAGGUAACUGUUGGCUUUCCAUCUACGGACAGCCAAAUUUCCGAAGGUAUAGGUUUCCAGACAGUUGGUAUUUCAAGCGAUACCUCCCAAUCAUCUGUUGCUUCAGAAAGUAUUCUGCCCUUCGAGCCACUGGUGACGGCACAGCCAAUUUCUGCAAUAACAACGACUACUGCUCCGCUUCUGAUCUUCACCAACAAAACUCCACGAUUCGGCAGCACCAGUACUGCGGCUGUUGCUGCAUCUACGCACAACGGCAAUGGGCAGUCAGAUACUUCUGCGAAACGCGUUGGCAAUGACGAUGGUUCUGAUCAGUCAACGGAGAACGAACUCUUCAUGACUAAUAUGCAGAGCCACCUCACUGCGACAGCAAUUCCAAUCCCUCUUAGCACUUUAUCAAAAGUGAAGCCGGAAGGCCGAGCACUGCAUGGUACUCUUCCAAAUCGUGCUUAUCUUAUGCCAAUUGGUGACCGAGAGAUCCUAGACGAACAAAUGCAGGAACUGGGAGCAUGGCAUGUCCCAGUAUCGCAUAUUGCAGUUGGAGAGCAAAUAAGUGAGAUGCCGGAAACACAUCCGCACGAAAACUCCGCUGAACAAGAACCCCAGUUAGCCUUGUUUGAGGAAAUUUUGCCUAGCAUUAUUAAUGUACAGGAAACAACAGCAGUGCCAGGAAAAUUGGCACAGGCUGCGGGAAGUGACGAAUUUGUUGCUGGUGAUAACAAAAGUGCUAUCGUAUUUUCGCUGAAAAAUUCUGCUGGGGAGCCUACACAAUCUUCACUUAGUCUGGAAGAUCAAGCACUGUUCAGCAGUUUAUUUGGUGAACAAAUUGAGAACAAUGUAGAAAACCAGAGCGGAGCACACAAAAGCACGGAAAGCUCACUGGCCAGUUCGGUAAGUCAGAAGAUGGUGCAUCCAUUAGCGGUCACUCAUUCCACAACUUCGCUGCCAAAUUAUUUACAACCGAUUAACGUCCUGAGCGCGGCAUCCCAAGGCAUUGUUAAAUUAUCUGGUAGUUUGGAUCAAGAAGAUGCUUCUGAAGAAUUAAAACUUACGGUUUCUGAGGACACUCAAAUUCCGGAUGCAAAAGGUACUGCAGCGAUAAAAUUAUCAGCCUCAACGAAUUCGUCAACCCUUGAUAAAUCGAACAAUGAUACGCCUCGUCAUGAAGUCGGUUUGGAAUCCAGCACGACGCUGCCACAGUCAGUGCCCUCUAUAACAUUAAAGCUUGCGAGUUCACCAAAAAGCAGGUUAAUCCAAAUUGGCGAUAGGAGUGAACUGAAGAGUACAUUGGAAAAAAGCGGAGGUACUGAGGAGGAGGAUCACCAGCACAUGACUAGCUUUGCCACUAUCCCCCCUAGCACUUCGCCUACCUCAGAAGGCCGCAUAACUUCGGAAACAUUUGGUGACUUACUCUCGAAUGAACUGUACAAGGAGCUGGAAAAAGAACUCAAUGAAGAUAAGAAAGAAGCUGAUACUUCAUUCAUCGCUACUGAGGUCCUUUUCGUCUUAACUUGUUUUGUUCUUCGUUUUAGAAAAAAGAAAGCGUGA